AUGAUGGUGGGGAGGGAGUGGGAGAAAUGGGUCUGGAGGGGAAGGGCUUGACCUUCCUUAGGCUUCCGCCCAACCUAUCUUUUCUCCUCCUCCUCCUACCACACCCCUCUGGCACGCCUAACCCCUCUCCUCUGCACGCAGAUCAGGUGACCUUGGUCGGAUUCCGCCCCUGCCACGUGACGAACUCUCUCCAAACUCCCCUUCCAGAACCCUGGGGUCAUCAUGGCUGCCGUCAGGGAGGGUACUUAUGUGGCCGACCUGGUGGGAGGACUAGGGGAACGGGCCCUGGCUCGCCUACUGCCUCUCCGCGACGCGGCCGGCGGAGACGAUAUAUUUUUAAUUCAGGCUUCUACUUCUCUUGAGAAAUUAAAAAUCCUUUGUAAAGAAGAUGAAGAAAAUGUGAAUCCGUCAACUCUCAUUAAGCUUUACACACAGGCUAUAUUGGACAUGACAUAUUUUGAAGAGAAUAAACUGGUAGAUGAAGAUUUUCCAGAAGACACUUCUUUACAGAAAGUAAAGGAGUUAAUCGCUAUUCUUUCAGAACCUGAAGUUGUAGUUAAGGAAAGUAGUCUGCAUCCAAAACACUCUGAUAUGCUUGGGCCAGAACUGCUAGAAUGUCUUUAUUGGAGACGAGGAGCCCUGCUUUAUAUGUAUUGCCAUACUGUGACAGCAAGGGAAGAGGGACAAUCAAAAAAGAGAGAUGUGCUUAAAAAGUGCCUUAUUGAUGGAAUCAGUUACUUGCUAAAGAUGUUUACUUUUCGAUGUCCUCUUCACCUAAAUGAAGAAGUUUCUUUUCAGGAUACAGACACUGCUAAAUUACUUAGUGAAGGAAUAUUCAGUGACACUCAUUUGCUGGCUACGAUGUAUACUGGAGAAAUGUGUUAUUGGGGACUGAAGUAUUGUGUAAAUGAAGAGCCAGAGAACUGUGACAUAGACACUAAUGGACCUGGGACAAGCAGCACUUUACUCAAAGAAUCCUUGGAAUUUCGAGAAAUAGGAGAAAAGAUUUUAAGAAAGUAUAUAUCUAUAUGUGAAGGACCCUUGAAAGGACAAGCAUGGAAUACAACAAAUGCAAAGAAAAUACUAAACUUUUUCCAACAUUGCCAUCACUAAAACAUUCCUCUUACUUUUUUUUUUUAACUACAGAAAGAUAUUUUUUUCAAGAAUUCUGGAAAAUAAAAGACUUACUGCCUCUGAACUGAUGUACUUUUAGCUCACAGUAUGCAAUAUAGUGUGGUUAUGGGGUUUUUUUGUUUAUUAAGCUAUCAAUACCAUUUGAUUUAAAAAAUUUUAAACUUCCAAAAUACCAUCUCAAAUAACAAUCUGAUUAUGUAUGUGAAUUAUUGAACAUUUUUAACUUCUAAAAGAUAUUUUAAUGCAAUCUGAAUUUGAAUGGGAAAGCUUCCUAAUAGCUUAUGAUUAAAAGUCUGAUAGCAUUUUACUUAGCUAAUCUUCUGUCUUCCACCUCUUUUCAUCAAAACCCACCCACCCUUCCAUACUUAUAUAGAGGUCACCCCUAUCUUCAUAGUUGCUCUGGUUCAUAACUUUAUAGCCAUUCUUUACUCUUCCUCACCCUCUAGCAGUUGAUGAAUCUUAUUGAUUCUAUCUCCAUAAUGUCCAUCUUCUUUCUAUUUCCUUAAUACACUUGUAUUCUUGGUCUGUUGACUGUUCACAAACUUAUUAGUAUUCCAGGUCCUAAUAUACUUUCUUAGCUUUUAAAAACAUUUUUCUCAUUCCAAACUUGACAAACCAACAAGAUAUGGACAUUUCUCUAUACAAAGAACAGAAAACAAAUGAAAUUAUAAAUCCUUAUUACAUUCUGCUUAUUUCCUUUUUAAAGCAUAUAAUAUAUUCAUUUAGUUUAAAAUCUUAUCCAGCUUAUUGGUCCUCCCUUUGGACCUUCCUUUUUCUCAUCUGUGCUUUCUCUUCAGUUCAUUGAUGCUCUCUUCUUUUCCUCAUUUUUCUUGCUACCAUUGUACUUCCAUUUCCCCUCAAAUGUAAAUAUAAAUUCCCCCAAAUAAAAAAUCAAUCCUUUCUUGUAACAAGUAUCUAAAGUCCAUCAAAAGAGAUCAACACAUUGACCAUGUUGAAAAAUAUAUGUGUGUCAUUCUGUACCUUUUAGUUCAUCACCUCUGUUAGGAAGUGGGAAGAAUGCUUUAUCACCGUACUCUGGAGUUGUGCCUAGUCAUUGUAUUGCUCAGAGUUAAGUCUUUCAAAGUUGUUUUUCUUUAUAUUAUAAUGAUAUAAACUCAUUCUGCUUCCUUUGUAGCUGUUCAUAUAGACAUUCCUGCUUUCUCUAAGCACAUCCUUUUUGACAUUUCCUUUGGCACAAAAUGAUCUAUAACAGAAUUUAAGCCAUUCACCAGGUUGAUGAAGACCCCCUUAGUUUAGAGUUCUUUACUAUACAAAGAGUGCUGUUAUGAAUAUUUUUGUAUAUAUGGGCCCUUUUCUUCUGUGCUUUCUUGGGGGCAUGUGACUAGCUAGGAGUGAUACCACUGGGUCAAAGAAGUUUAACUAUGGUGUAAUUUCAAAUUGCUUUCAGAAUCUGUCUCAGAACUUUCAAAGGAGCUGCCCCCACCCUUGAGAAUACCCUGCUUCCCCAAUGCCACCUUCUGGCACCCUCCUUUUUUUUUUCCCAGGGCCAUCAUUUUCAUGAAUCUUAUUGUUAGUGUACUUGCUCCUCACCCCCACAGUUUUUUUUUUUAACCCUCACCUUCUGCCUUAGAGGUGAUACUACUAAGUAUCAGUUCCAAAGCAGAAAAGCUUAUAAGAGCUAGGCAGCUGGAGUUAAGUGACUUGCCCAGAGUCACAUAGCUAAGAGGUGUCUGAGGCUAAUUUUGAACCCAGGACUUACUGUCCUGACAGUUUUUAAUGUUCUUCAAUUUGCCGUUUACUGCAUGUGUGUUUUUCCAGAAGAAUGUAAGCUCCUCACAGGCAGGGACUGUUUUGCUUUUGUCUUGGUAUCUCCCGCACUUAAUAUAGUGCCUUAUACAUGAUAGAUGUUUAAUAAAUGUUUAUUGAUUUGAAUUUUGAGAUUUUGUUAAUCUUUUUAGUGAAACUGAUUUAUUACUGUGAAAGAUCAUUACCUGAUUGUUUUAUAGGACAGGAUUAUAAAGGUAUAUGUUAUAACAUCAGGAGCAUUAAACUGGUUUAAAUCUUAGCACUACCACUGAUUAUGCCAUCUUGGAAAAGUUACUUAAAUUCUCUGAGCCUGCUUCCAUGUCUGUAACAUGGAUAUAUACUGCCCUGCCUAUCUCGUAGGUCAGUUGUGAAGUGAGAUAAUGUAAAAUAAAAGUUCUUUGUAAAUAUAAGAUGGCAUUCUUGUAAAAAACAACUGUUAUUUUAUAAGAACAAAAAUGUUAUCUUCCCUUUGUGACUAUAUGAGAAAUUUGUAGAGAAAACAACAAAGGCAGAAUCAGAUGUUCAGUUUCUCAUUAAUUAGCUUACAUGUGACAGAACUUUUAACAUUUAGAUUUGCUGUUUUUCUGCUUUCUUACCUAUGAGAGAGUUGGCAGAAGAAACACUGGACAUGUUCCCAUAUCACACAUACUAAACAAGUUAGGACUCUAUGGUGACUGGCAGGAUUACAAUGACCCAGCCAAGAGGAAUCUAAAUUCCCAUCUGUAUGAAAGGACCACUUCAGGAAUCUCUUCUGCCAUCCUUAUUGAAUGCAAUUAACUAGGUAGUUUUUGGAAAUAUGCGGCCAGUAGUGAUUUCCUGUGACUAAGGGACCUUAUGACAUAUUCUCAACUUGUGUAAUUGCUGAGAACUACUCCUUUGGGACUUUUAAAAUCCAAUGAACAAAUAUCUGCCGCUACUCUCUCCUCUCUUUAAUCCAUCCUCUAUAUAACUCCCAAAUUAAUAUUCCUAAAGCACAAGUCUGGUCGUAUCAGUCCAUUGCUCAAGAAGCUCCGUUGGCCAUCUCUCUCUUGACCUUAGGAUAAAAUACAAAUUCCUCUAUUUGGCAUUUAAAGCCCUUUGCAACCUUGUCUUUUCAGGCUUGGUUUCACAUGUUCUAAGCAUUCUGUGUUCUAAUAGAAAUGACUGGGCUGCUGUUCACUGUACACAGAACUUUCAGGCCCACUUUAAUGUCUUUGAACAGGUUGCUGUGUCCCUCCCAUGCCUAGAAUGCCCUUCUCACCUCUGCCUUGAAGUCUCCAUAGCUUCCUUCAAGGCAUUGUUGAAGUUUCAUCUAUAGGAGGCUUAUCAUGAUUUCCCAGUUGCUCAUGCCUAUCUGUGAAAAACAAUCUUGUAUUUACUUUGUACUGUUGCAAUGAAUCUCCAAUAAUGAGAGACUGAGGCACAGAAAGUCCAAGCUUAUCUAUAUUUAUUGGCAAGGCUAGCAGUUACCAAAAAUACAGGCUAAAGAUCCUUUAGUACGCAAAGAAACAAAACAGGUCUUUUAUACAGAGAGUGGCUAUGCCCCUUUUCCCCUAAACUGGGAUUGUGAUUGGUUCUGAGUUAUGCUAUCUGUCCAAAUUAGGUCAAUAUUCUCUUGUAAGAACCAACCCCACGUAGCCCUUGAAGACCAGAGCCUUUCCAAAUUUAGGAUGGUCUGAAGGGGGCAUAGAAUUAGUCUUCUCCCUGGAACAUUCUCCAGAAGGUCUCUCAUCCACCACUCCCUGUACUAGCAGAAUCUGGCACUAGGAAAACAUCUUGUGAUUGGAUUGAAUCAUCCUUCAUUCAUCUUUCUUAUCUCCUCAAAUGGCAUCUUGUUUUGCUCCCUGAUUGAGAGUAGGCCUUAGAUCUAUCUGUGCAAUAAUAAUCUAAGCCUCAAAGCCUUAAAGCUUGGCUAUAAUGAUAAAGCUUGAUUAUAAUGGUUUCUGUUCUGUUUGACAAAACUCAACUAUAAUCAGUAAUCAAUAAUCACUUUCACAGUACAUGUCUUUUAUAUCUACCUAAAAAAGUAUAUGUUGUGUCUCCUCCUUGUUUCCACCUCCACCUCCACCUCCAGUAAAAUUUCAUCUCCUUAAGGACAAGUACUGUUUGGUUUCUAUCUCUGAAUUCCAAGUACCCAGGACAGUGUCUGGUAUGUAUGUGGUAAACAUACAUGCUUGUGGAACAAAUGAACUUUGGAGGCGGCAUUCAUUCAGCAAACAUUUAUUAAAUGUUUUGCUCUAUGCCAGGCAAAGUUUGGGGAUAUGCGUACAAUCAUAUACCACUAUUAAUUCUGAAGUAUUAAACUGUGAAAGAAUAAAUUACAAUCACUUUAUUUGCCUUGGAAUCUUAGUUGUAAGUAUUUUAGUUUCCCAUCUUUGAUCAUAGUUCAUAAAUACUGGGAGGAUGGGGAUUUUUUUUUUAUUUUUGUCUUCGAAUGCCUAACUCUGAAUCUUGUACCUGAUUUGGAGGUACUAAAUAAAUGUUUGUUGAUUGAUUGAGCUGAA